GUCGAGCAUUUUUCUACCUGGUCUUGGUCUAUUUGCUGUCCAAGCAUCCCCAAAUCUCCAACCACAUAAAGUCGACUGCUAAUUUACCCGGGAGUGUCUUCAUUCUCUGCUUGCAGAUUUCCCAGCGACGCAUCAGCAACCCACCAUAAUUCGAAGUGAGAAGCUGGUACGAUUCAAAUUAUUUUCCGAUUCAAAUUAUUUUCCGAUUUGUUGAUCCCUUUCAGGAUCACGACCUUAAUUGUGGAUCUGUACACUAUCUUUUGUUUCCUGCUAAUUUAUAGCAAAACAUGGAUUUCCCGACGAAGCAUCACCAACCCACCACACUCAAUCUUAAUAACAAGGAAAUUAUAUUAGAUGUGCAAAUUUCACGGUACAAUUCAUAGGAUUUUUCUUAUUUUGUGUCUUCUAUUUCUAGAUCCGUAGCUUACAUCUGAGGUAUUUAAUUUCAUUUUUUUGCACUUCACAUGGUUCAAGCUAUUCCUCUAUUGUACUCCGUAUUAUUUUGCCAUUUUUUAAUUCAGAGAUGUGAUGAUGAAAAUAAGUCUUUUCAAAAUCUCAGAGUAGGGUUCUCUAUUUUAUUGUUUUUUAUCCCAAAGUUUUGAUUGAUUUUUUGCUUGGAGCAAUUUCACUUAGUUCUAAAUAAUUCUAAUUGAGUGUUUGCUUAACAGUUUUACUUUGAUAAAAAAUUAUCCAUUUAGCCUCUUGGUAGAGAUAAGCCAUUAUAGGAAGAAGGUUUUUAUGUUCAGUUCUUCUUCCACUAAAAAUCUCUUUUUUUUUGGACGAAAAAAACUCUUGUUAAUUUUAUACUCUGUAUAUAUUUUUUUUGGUUAACUUCUGGUUUGGUUUAUGGAAUUUAGGCCUCAGAGUCGCAUGUUUGAGUGACAUUGUCUGUGGCAAUUUUUGUGUUUGUUUUGCAUUUAUUUUAGUUAGGUCACGCAUGUGUACAAGUUGAACUGUUUGGGAUUCUCGAUUCGAAAACAUUGUAUUAAGAUUGUCUAUUUUGGCCAUGUGUAAGAGAGAUGGAUGAAUUGUCACCAAAGCAGGACAAUCUCUCAUUUCAAUGCUUGGAAGACAUGCUGAGUUUCAUCCAUGAGUGUGAUAUGAAGCAGUCCGUCUAAAACGCCGAGAGGUCCCAACCCUUUAAAAUAUAUCUUUCCUUCUUGUUCUUGGUGCUAGAACUCUUCCUUUUGGAACUCUCUUCAUUGAGAAUUUCUUUAUACUCUUUGGCAUCUGGUUUGCAUCGUUAUAUUAUGUUUUUGGAUUUCUUCUCAUUGUCCUCCUCAUAUUGGUGGUGGUUUGUGCACAUGACUUUAUUGUCCUUACAUGCAUAUCGAGGCGUUUGGAGAUGGAAUGAAUCACAGUCUUGUGCUUUGGUUCCUGGUUAGAGAAGUCUUUCAGGUUCAAUUUCAGUUGUUCUAAUUCCUACAUCAUUAUUAAGGGAAGUAUUAUUUCUUGAGGUGGAAAGCAGCUUGGGCAAGGCCAAUUUCCUUAAAGUUCCUGCGGCAGAGGAAAUUAAUCAAAACUUACAGACCGCCAUUUUCCUGUGAUUAUCGUUUUAAAAGCCAAGGUACACAAUAUGGCAACCAAGCAGUCGUAACACAGACUUAACCUUUAAGUACUUGGGACCUACAUGAAUACAGAGGAUUGGGAAUCGAAACCUAGGCUGCAUGUCACCCCGACCGUCACUUCAAUGCCAUCGUUCUAGCUUCCUAGCCAUAUCCCAUCUUUCAAAAGCACUUAUGAAUCUUCCUUUAAGGCACGCUUUUCCCUCUUCUUCGCUGGUUAAUGAUCCUGCUCCCCUUCUCCGCCUCACUCCCAUACCCAAAAGCUCCAGCCUUCAUCGUCUUUCUCAUCCUCGCAUCUGCCUUGUUCAUCUUCCACUGUACCGACUUCCACCAUCUUCAUCUUCCUUUUUCCUCUGCGACAUCACCCUCCACUCCAAAUCCUCGCCGACGGCCUUCAACUUCACACUUCCACUCUGGGCGGUGAUGGGGAGCCCAAGCCGAGCAUCUUCUAGACAACGAAGAGGAUUGGCGGGGCGGGGAAGAUGAUCGAUCCCAUGAUAUAGAUCCUAUGGCAGUGAUGAUGAAGGCAGGGUGCUGCGUUGAUCAUCGGCAGUGAGGCAGGGAGUUGAGGGAUCUAAGGAGGAAGAAAGAGUGAGUGAGGUU